AUGUUGUACCAUUUGGUCGAGUUGUAUGACCGAGCGCCAAGGGAUUUUGCCCUGGUGCUGACUCUCUCAAUCUUUACUGCUCUUUACCUACUACGCCGCGCACUUUUGCCCAAACCGAUCCCAGGCAUACCGUACAACGAGAAUGCCGUCAAGUCGCUCUUGGGUGACAUCCCCGAAUUCCGCGCUGCCCCCAAUCGACGGGAAUGGUGGGCGCGACAGGCUAUCAAGCAUCAAUCGCCGUUGUUCCAAGUCUUCAUGCGGCCCUUUGGGCGUCCGUGGGUUUUUGUAGCGGAUUAUUUUGAGGCUUCGGAUAUUUGCAUGCGUCGUCUCAAGGAAUUCGAUAGAGCCGACACUACGAGGGACCAGUUUGUUGGGUUGACUCCUGCACACCAUAUCAUUAUGAAAUCUUCAGAUCCUCAGUUCAAGAAGAAUAAGGAGUUGAUUCGAGAUCUCAUGUCGGUCAGCUUUCUUCAGCAGGCUACCGCCCCUCAAAUUUACGACAAAUUCUCAACCCUUCUUGAGCUUUGGGGACGCAAGCGAAGUUUAGCUGACGGAAGACCAUUUAACGUGGCAGAUGAUAUCCACAAUGCAGCACUCGACAUCAUCCUAGGAGCCUCCUUCGGCCUUGAACCUGACCAAGGGCAACUUAGCCGACAACUUUCCCAGCUCAAGAGCAAAACAGUUUCUGGUGGACAUCAUGAUGCUUUUGAGUUUGAGCCAGUUCCACUUGACGAUGAGCUCGCCUCUUUCACUAUUCUCGCCGACAGCGCCAGCGUUGCCAUACGGUCGCCUGCACCCGUCAUUCACCACUUCUUAUAUAGAAAUCUUAACGCCAAGAUGAGGAAGGCAAGGGCUGGUCGUGACAGACUGAGAGAUCGCGAGGUUGCUAAGAGCAUAGAAAGAAGGCGACUAGGCCAGCCCCAGCGCUGUGCCCUGGACAGUAUGCUUGCUCGUGAGGAUGCUAUCGCUGAGAAAGAGGGGCGCAAGCCUGACUAUCGCAGUCAAAUGAUCAUGAGCGAGCUGCUUGGCUAUCUUGUUGCUGGACACGAGACAACAUCGGCUGUUUUAAGAUGGGGAAUGAAGUACUUGACUGCCAACCAGCGAGUCCAGGUACUUCUCCGCGAAUCAAUCUGGAAGGCCUACCCAAAAGCCAAAGACGAGAACCGCUUUCCCACCGCCGAAGAGAUCCUCAAAGCUCACAAUCCCUACCUCGAUGCCGUCGUCGAAGAAAUGCUUAGGCAUUCUCGAGUUGCCCCUGUCACAAUCAGGCAAGCGACAACUGACACGGAGAUCCUCGGAAAAUUCAUACCAAAAGGCACCACAGUAGGUUUCUUGGCCAACGGGCCGGGCAUAAUGAUGCCCAGCAUCCCAGUGAAUUCCGGCAAGCGAUCAGCAGCUGCGCGGACACACAUGUAUAAGACGGACCUGCUUGAUGAAGCCGACAUUUCCGAGUUUCUUCCUGAACGAUGGCUCACGACAAAGACUACCGACGCGGGAGAUGAAGAGACAGUAUUUGACCCUAGCAAGUGUCCUUCCCAAGCAUUUGGUCUGGGGCCUCGUGGUUGCUUCGGGAAGAAACUUGCUUAUAUGGAGAUCCGAAUCUUUCUGACCCUACUCUUCUGGGAGCACAAAUUGGAGCCGAUUCCACCUGAGUUGGCUACAGAUGAUGAGAUGAUUUCAUUAACGCGGACGCCGAAGAAUGUUUAUGUGAAAUUGGCAAAGGUGCAGGGGAACGAAUAA